UGGAGAAUUGGUUUUAGCCAAGUUUCCCUCAUCGCUAGGUUGAAGAUAAUCAGUCUACUCGUGCUCUUUAGCGAGCAAGACUGGGAGCCUCCGAGUUGUGAUGAUAUCCGUGCUCCCGGAUGCGACAUUCAAGGACCUAAUUACCAAGGUCCCCAAAACGAUCAACAAGUACAAACAAUUGUGGUUAUGAGACGAGGAUGGAAAACACCGAGAUCAGAUGGCGACGUUGGGGCAUCUGAAUUUCUAACCGUCCCCACUAAAUUUGUCUCUAAGAUUUUCAAGUAUUCUGAUUUUGCCAUUUUCUGUGUUUGUACUAAUAGGUCGGCUUCAACUUUUAUAGCAAGGAGUUCUAUGGUGCCUGAGCUAAGGGCCUCGUUCAUCACCAAGCUCGUUACUUUGUUGGAAAAGAAGCCAGAAGAACGCGAGGGACCCUCAUUGGUAGAGGACUCGUAUUUGGCUGCUGCUGGUCUCUGUUCUGGUCAUCAAGAACCUUCUUGCAUUCCUACUUUCUAUCUGUUGCUCGAUUUGAAGGGUUCGAGUUCGGUCAAGGAAGCAAGGAAGAACGAGCCUACCACCAAAAAGUCUAAAGAGACCAAGUCCUCUGUCCGCAAAAAAAAAAAGAAAAAAAUAGACGACGAUAUGGAUCAAUUGGCCCUUAUCGCACAAAUGAAUGCUGUCGCGAAACAACAACCAAAGGAACCAGUUGUGGAUCUGGUUGUUCAAGUGAUCGAGUCGUCCGCGGGAGAAGAUGAGCAUCCACUU